UUUUUUUUCCCAGAUUGCCGACGGCGAAGACCGCGCGACCGUGCGCCGACGAUGCCGGACCUUGCGUAGAGAGGUCUAGCCACCGAGAGACGUUCGCUUGUUCGGACAUGGCGGCGCGACCGGAGCUGCCGACGACGGCGCCACCUGGCGAGAACGACCCGUUGUUUCGUAGUCGGCAGUCGGAGCAAGAGAACGCGCGAGUGGAGAACGGCGAGACGGCGAGCGGGGGGAGGCCACCAGUGGGCGCCACCAAGCCGCCUCGACCGAAGUUUGGCGUGUUGCCAAACAGCGCAGGUUCCCAGUCCGUAUCCACGGCAACGGCGGCUGCGGGCGCGACGUCGCCCGGGGUUACGAAACAAACGAGGAAGAGGCCAGAGGACUACAUCUUUGGCAAGAUCUUGGGAGAGGGAUCUUUCGCGACGGUGUUCCUUGCCCGAGAUGUACAGACACAUAAGGAAUAUGCAAUAAAGGUGUGCGACAAGCAGCAGAUCGUGAGAGAGAAGAAGGCCGCGUACGUGCGAACGGAGAAGGAGGUACUGAUGAGACUCAGCCAGGGCACGUGUCCAUUCUUCGUGCGACUCUACGCGACUUUCCAGGACAGCGCGCGACUCUACUUUGUGCUCAGCUACGCGAAGAACGGAGAACUGCUUGACUACAUCCGGAAGGUCGACUCGUUCGACGAGGAGGUGACUCAGUUCUACACGGCUGAGCUCGUCAUGGGGCUGGAGUACUUACACAGCAAGAACAUAAUACACAGCAACGAGUACCUCACAUUCCAGAAGAUUGAGAAGUUGGAGUACGACUUUCCAGAUGGCUUCAACGAGGUGGCGAAAGAUCUCGUGCUCAACCUGCUGGUGCUGGACCCGGCACAGCGGCUGGGGGCAGACGAGUGCGGCGGGUACCAGGACCUCAAGACUCACCCGUUCUUCAGCGGCGUGCGCUGGAACACGAUCGGCGAGCAGACGGCGCCGCCCAUACAUCCCUACCUGCCCGCGUCUGGCGACAAUCCAGAGGUCAAGUCAGAGUUUGACGUUCAGCGGGAGGCCGGCUGGAACGAGGACGACAUCGCGCGGAUGCACCUCACGGGCCUCAGUCUAACGAUGACUGCCGCCACCGCCACGCCGCCGAACAGGACGUACUACCUGGUAGACCCGGAGGGAUACGCGUUGCGCAGUGCGUGCGCCCGGCCAUCGGAGGAGGAUCAAGAUAGCAGUACGGAGCUUCGACGAUCGGUCUAG